UCAAAAUUACAUCACGCAGGUUUUAUCAAGUUUUUGUAUCUCAUUGCAAGCUCGAUUGCUACUUGAGAUCCUUUAAUCAGUUAUUGAGUGAAUAUCAUUUAAUUAAAUUUAAAUCAUGUGGAGCAUUUUCGUCGUUGGAUUUUAUACGAUCGUGGUAACGUUAGCUCAAGAUUACGAGGUAUCAGACAUCCAAUGCAGCGCAACAACGGCUACAACAGAUCUUCUCACUGCAAAAAUAAAACGCCCUGUUGGUUUCAAAGGCGCACCGCUCUUUGCUGAUGACCGUGCUGCUGAUCCUCUCACUGAUAUCCAGUGUCAAAUACGACCUGAUCCAUCUGAUCCUCAAGAAGAUCAUUAUUUUUUGAAAGUCACCGAUUUUUCACGCUGUGGAAUAUUGAAACGAAAUGGAUUCAUUCACCUUAGAAUAUGGUUUCCGGCAUUUCCUGGUGUGGUCAUGCUGGCAGACCAGGAACUAAUUCUCAUGUGCAGGCCUCCGGAGCCAACGCUUUUAAGACACAAGGCAGCAGGAUUUGCUGGAACAUUCCCUCAUGGUGCACGAGUUUCGGGAGUGGUUGAAGAAACACCUGGACGUUUAGAGUACGAAGUGGCUCUGUAUCGAGAAGCUGUUGGCAAUGCAUCAGAAAAUUCUCUAGGUUCUGAAGCAGUAGAUCAAGCAGUUCCGAUAGGCACAAAGCUUCAAUUACGAGCAAGAAUCAGUCCGGAAAGUGCUUGGGGAUACAUUAAACUUCUGGAAGUAACUGUGAGUCCUGAUCCUGAUCAACCACAUUCUCUUGGAAGUGUUACUCUUGUCAAAGAUGGAUGUAGAAAUCGUGACUUUGCUUCAAUAAUCCCACAUCAACCAGCUCGCUACCGUGAUAGAAAGAAUGAAGUUUAUCUUGACUUCGAAGCUUUUCUGCUGAGCUCCAUGCGUGAAAGAUCAACACUGUGGAUUCACUCGCAAAUAAAAGCUUGUAUGGAGCCACAUGAUUGUCAACCAGAUUUUUGUUUGGAUCUCUUUGAGCCUUCUGGUCAUGGUAAACGGAAGCGACGAACAGCUGGACUGAUUGAAGAAUCGUCAGAGAAUAAUCUACCGAAAAAUGAUCGAGCAAUAAAGAAAUAUAAUGACUCGACACAAUUUACAAGAAUCAAAGAAAACAUAGAGUACACUGUUAUGAUGCCUAGUGAUAUCUAUGAUAAAGUGGCACUUGGACUAGAAGGAAGUUGUGGAAGUUUUCUGUACGUGGCAAGUGGUUUAGGCAUACUGCUAGUUUUUUCUGCCUUUAUCAUGUGUUAUCUGGCUUCAAGACUACACUAUACAACUGCCAAUGUUCCGCAAAAUAAAUCCAUCGACGAGCUUAUCAGAGAAAGAGCAAGGAAAUACUGCGAGCCAACUUCUGGCUAUACUGGUCGUUCAACAAUGCAGUAAAGAUAGACUUUAGUAGUUUUAGUAAAAAAAUUUUUUAUAUUUCUUGUAAAGUAAUUUACUUGGUUUCUACAAUUGGAAUCACUUUCAAUAAUGAAUUCUUUUUAUAAAUUUUAUUACAAAAUAAUUUAUUGGAAUCUCUUGAAAGAGAUAACAAGCAGAGCUAUGACGUGACCUGAUAGAUGGUGGAAACUUGUGACGUUUGCUCAUUUAAAUGAAUACUUACAAUGUAAAAAAGUCGUGAUAAUAUGAGUCAGUUUAAUGAUAAACAUUUUAAUAAAAAGUUAAGGAAAAAUACUUAUUUUUCGUUGAAUAAAUAAACUAAAAAGACUCAAAUUAACACUACUUUGCUUAAUAGUAUUAAAAUAUUUUUCUUUCUGGAUUGGGCUGGACAAAACCAGAAUUGGGUGGUUGUAGGUAAUCAGACACUUUGUACAUAAGAACACAAAUAUAUUUAAAUUAACAAUUUAGAAUAAGUAAUUAUUCAAACAUAAAUACAUGUUGACGAUAUUCAUCAUUUGAAUGUACAUAGACGUGUUGUACGUCUUUUCAAUAAAAGUAAUAAGAUAA